ACUCCCCUCUUCCGGAGACCCGAUCAUGGAGCUCGCACGGCACCACCACCAACUACCGCACUGAGACGUGCACGCUUGCUCGCACACGCAGCGCCACCGGCGCCGUUCGAGCGAAGCAGCGCGAGGGGCGUGAGACCGAGCACCGGCCGGGCCGGCGCUUGAACGGCGCCGUACGUCCAGGCGGGCAUGGAGGGCGCGAUGGAGAAGGUGUGGGAGUCGGGGCGGCGGGCGAGCCGGAGCAUCAGCCGGGGCAUGGGCAUGGACGCGUGGGGCGUCGACGACGCCUUCGUGCCGCCGCACCACCAGUCCCGCUCCCGGUCCCGGCGUGCCGGCGGCAGCCGCGGCGCCGACGACGACGAGGAGGCGCUGCGCUGGGCGGCCAUCGAGCGCCUCCCAACCUACAGCCGCGUGCGCACCGCCAUCCUCUCCUCCGCCGCCGACCAGUUCAAGGAGGUGGACGUGCGCAAGCUCGCCGUCGGGGACCGCCAAGAGUUCAUCGAGCGCGUCUUCCGCGUCGCCGACGAGGACAACCAGCGCUUCCUGCAGAAGCUCCGCAACCGCAUCGACAGGGUGGGCAUCGAGCUGCCGACGGUGGAGGUGCGGUUCGAGCAGGUGACGGUGCAGGCCAAGUGCCACGUGGGCAGCCGCGCGCUGCCGACGCUGCUCAACACGGCGCGCAACGUGGCGGAGGGCGCCCUGGGGCUCUGCGGCCUCCGGCUGGGGCGGCAGGCCACGCUCACGAUCCUCAAGGACGUCUCCGGCGUGGUCCGGCCGUCCCGGAUGACGCUGCUGCUGGGCCCGCCGUCGUCGGGGAAGACCACGCUGCUGCUCGCCCUCGCCGGCAAGCUGGACCCGGCGCUCCGGCGCGCCGGCGAGGUCACCUACAACGGCUUCGCGCUGGGCGAGUUCGUGCCGCAGAAGACGGCGGCGUACAUCAGCCAGACCGACGUGCACGUCGGCGAGAUGACGGUCAAGGAGACGCUCGACUUCUCCGCCAGGUGCCAGGGCGUCGGCACCAAAUACGAUCUUAUGACCGAGCUGACGAGGAGGGAGAAGGAGGCCGGCAUCCGGCCUGAGCCUGAAGUCGACCUCUUCAUGAAGGCCACUUCAAUGGAAGGGGUGCAAAGCAGUCUCCAAACGGAUUACACUCUCAGGAUACUCGGACUCGACAUCUGCGCCGACACCAUCGUCGGCGACCAGAUGCAGCGGGGGAUCUCCGGUGGCCAGAAGAAGCGUGUCACCACAGGAGAGAUGAUUGUUGGCCCGACCAAGGUGCUAUUCAUGGACGAGAUAUCAACCGGAUUGGAUAGUUCCACCACAUUCCAAAUUGUCAAAUGUCUCCAGCAGAUUGUGCACUUGGGCGAGGCCACCAUCCUCAUGUCCCUCCUUCAGCCUGCCCCUGAGACCUACGACCUAUUUGACGACAUCAUCCUACUGUCAGAAGGCCAAAUUGUUUACCAGGGACCUCGCGAAUAUGUUCUUGAAUUCUUUGAAACAUGUGGAUUCCGCUGCCCUGAGCGCAAGGGUACUGCAGACUUUCUUCAGGAGGUGACAUCAAGAAAGGAUCAGGAGCAGUACUGGGCCGACAAGCAGAGGCCUUACAGAUACAUUUCCGUCCCAGAAUUUGCACAGCGGUUUAAACGUUUCCAUGUCGGGCUCCAGUUAGAGAACCACCUCUCACUGCCGUUUGACAAGAGCCGUUGCCAUCAAGCUGCUCUUGUAUUCUCAAAGCACUCGGUGUCAACCACAGAGCUACUCAAGGCAUCCUUUGACAAGGAGUGGCUCCUCAUCAAACGGAAUUCAUUUGUGUACAUCUUCAAGACCAUACAGCUCAUCAUUGUAGCCCUCAUUGCGUCAACAGUGUUUCUAAGGACCCACAUGCAUACAAGGAAUGUAGAUGAUGGCUUUGUGUACAUUGGAGCACUGCUCUUUAGUCUGAUAGUCAAUAUGUUCAAUGGUUUUGCCGAGCUCUCUUUGGCCAUAACAAGGUUACCGGUGUUCUACAAGCACAGGGACCUCCUCUUUUACCCUGCUUGGAUCUUCACACUACCAAACGUCGUUCUCAGAAUCCCAUUCUCCAUAAUUGAAUCUGUAGUCUGGGUUCUUGUUACAUACUACACCAUAGGGUUUGCUCCAGAGGCCGACAGGUUUUUCAAGCACUUGCUGCUUGUGUUCUUGAUCCAGCAGAUGGCAGGUGGGCUUUUCAGAGCAAUUGCCGGACUUUGCAGAUCCAUGACCAUCGCUCAAACUGGUGGAGCACUAUUUCUUCUUAUCUUCUUUGUUCUUGGAGGCUUUCUCCUGCCAAAAGGUUUCAUCCCUAAAUGGUGGAUCUGGGGCUAUUGGAUUUCACCUUUGAUGUAUGGAUUUAAUGCUCUAGCAGUCAAUGAAUUCUAUGCUCCUCGGUGGAUGAACAAGUUCGUAAUGGACCAAAAUGGUGUUCCGAAAAGACUAGGGAUAUCUAUGCUUGAAGGCGCCAACAUCUUUGUUGACAAAAACUGGUACUGGAUUGGAGCAGCAGGGCUCUUGGGUUUCACCAUUUUCUUCAAUGUACUUUUUACACUGUCACUUAUGUAUCUGAACCCUCUCGGCAAACCACAAGCUGUUAUAUCAGAAGAAACUGCACAGGAAGCGGAAGGCAAUGAGCAUGCAAGAGGGACAGUAAGAAAUGGCAGCACGAAAUCAAAGGACGGUGGUCAUAGCAAGGAAAUGAAGGAGAUGAGAUUGAGUGCGCGUUUGAGCAACUGCUCAUCAAAUGGGGUUUCACGAGUCAUGUCCAUUGGCAGCAAUGAAGCUGCUCCAAGAAGAGGAAUGGUUCUUCCAUUUAACCCUCUUGCCAUGUCCUUUGAUAAUGUGAACUACUAUGUCGACAUGCCUGCGGAAAUGAAACAGCAAGGAGUGCAGGAUAACAGGCUUCAAUUAUUGCGUGAGGUUACAGGGUCAUUCAGGCCUGGAGUACUGACAGCGCUUAUGGGUGUCAGUGGAGCUGGAAAGACUACUCUUAUGGAUGUCUUGGCUGGAAGAAAGACUGGGGGUUAUAUUGAAGGUGAUAUCAGAAUUGCCGGCUAUCCCAAGAACCAAGCCACAUUUGCAAGGAUUUCUGGUUACUGCGAGCAAAAUGAUAUCCAUUCUCCUCAGGUCACAGUUAGGGAAUCUUUGAUAUACUCUGCCUUCUUGCGCCUUCCUGAAAUGAUUGGAGAUCAAGAAAUCACUGAUGAUAUCAAGAUUCAAUUUGUUGAUGAAGUUAUGGAACUAGUGGAGCUUGACAAUCUGAAGGAUGCUUUAGUUGGCCUACCAGGAAUCACAGGGCUUUCAACAGAGCAAAGAAAAAGGUUAACAAUAGCUGUGGAACUCGUUGCCAACCCAUCGAUCAUCUUCAUGGAUGAACCAACAUCAGGUCUUGAUGCAAGAGCUGCAGCGAUUGUCAUGAGAACAGUGCGAAACACAGUUGAUACUGGACGCACAGUGGUUUGCACUAUCCAUCAGCCAAGCAUUGACAUCUUUGAGGCUUUUGAUGAGUUGCUAUUGCUGAAAAGAGGAGGCCAGGUGAUCUACUCUGGACAAUUGGGUCGCAACUCCCAGAAAAUGGUUGAGUAUUUCGAGACAAUUCCGGGAGUGCCUAAGAUCAAAGGUAAGUACAAUCCUGCAACGUGGAUGCUCGAAGUCAGUUCAAUUGCAGCUGAAGUGCGACUAAAGAUGGAUUUUGCUGAGUACUACAAAACAUCAGAUCUGUACAAGCAAAACAAGGUACUGGUCAACCAGCUGAGUCAACCAGAGUCAGGAACAUCAGAUCUUUAUUUCGCUACACAGUACUCUCAAUCCAUAAUAGGACAGUUCAAAGCCUGCCUUUGGAAGCAGUGGUUGACCUAUUGGCGCAGCCCGGAUUACAACCUUGUUAGAUUUUCCUUCACUUUGUUCGUUGCCUUACUGCUUGGCUCCAUUUUUUGGAGGAUAGGAACCAAAAUGGGAGAUGCAAACACUCUCAGGAUGGUUAUGGGAGCAAUGUACACAGCUGUGAUGUUUGUUGGUAUCAACAAUUGCUCAACUGUACAGCCAAUUGUUUCAAUUGAGAGGACGGUUUUCUACCGAGAGAGGGCUGCUGGGAUGUACUCUGCAAUGCCCUAUGCCAUUGCUCAGGUUGUCAUGGAGAUCCCCUAUGUGUUUGUCCAAACAACUUACUACACCCUCAUCGUAUACGCCAUGAUGAGCUUCCAAUGGACAGCUGCCAAAUUCUUCUGGUUCUUCUUCAUUUCCUACUUCUCCUUCCUCUACUUCACCUUCUACGGCAUGAUGACGGUCUCAAUCUCACCGAACCCUGAGGUUGCAGCCAUCUUUGCUGCAGCUUUCUAUUCACUCUUCAACCUCUUCUCGGGCUUCUUCAUUCCAAGACCGAAAAUUCCUAGAUGGUGGAUCUGGUACUACUGGAUUUGUCCACUGGCAUGGACUGUGUAUGGGCUCAUAGUGACGCAAUAUGGAGACCUGGAAGAGGUCAUCGAAGUCCCCGGCGAAUCCAAGCAGACAAUUAGCUACUACGUAACACAUCAUUUUGGAUAUCACAUGAAUUUUAUGCCAGUUGUUGCGCCGGUCCUUGUGCUCUUUGCAGCGUUCUUCGCAUUCAUGUACGCAGUCUGCAUCAAGAAGUUGAACUUCCAGCAACGAUAGGACCAAGAUCUGGCGACAAAGCUCUUGAGAAUUGAGAUCUUUUUUGAAACAAUAUAUCCUUUUUCUCCUUCCACUUUUGGGUUACUUGUAUUGUCAGUGUACAUAUAGGGUGUAGUUUUGGUACUGGACGCGUCGUCAAAUGUGGCGAGGUCCUAUAUGGCAUUCUAGCCAUUUAACUGUGGAACAUUACAAGAGCGUAAUUAUUUGUAGAAUCUGUUCAUGCCCUAUUUAUUCACUGGUUCAUAUUAUAAAAUUCCCCAAUUCCUCA